AUGGGCUGGAAUACCUACAGAAGUAACUUCAAUGAAUCCAUCAUUAAAGAGGUUGCCGAUCUUUUUGUCUCCCUUGGUCUCCGCGAUGCAGGAUAUGAAUACAUCACGCUUGAUGGCGGAUGGUCAGCAUUGAACAGAACCGACCGUGGGCAGCGACAGCCUAAUCCUGAGUCCUUUCCCAAUGGUAUCAAACCACUGGUCGACUACGUUCACUCCAAAGGGCUCAAGGUCGGCAUAUAUUCUGAUGCGGGUUUGUUAGACUGCGGGUUUGCACCAGGAAGUUAUGGCUACGAAGAUGAAGAUAUUGCUACUUUCGCAGAAUGGGGUAUAGACUUUCUGAAGUACGAUAACUGCGGUGGCUUCCACGCCAACGUUGAGCCGCCUCAAGUUCGUUUUGGACGGAUGCGGGACGCCAUCUCUCGUUCUAAUCGCGGAAUGCUUUAUUCCAUGUGCCAAUGGGGCUCCCAGUUCCCUUGGUUCUGGGCGGACGCCGUUGGACACACCUACCGCAUGGCAGGUGAUAUUAAUGCAUAUUUUGGAGACGAGGCGGGACAUAAGGACUGCCAAUGUGCCAGCACAGCUUACUGUUUGAAUACAGGCUACGCAGGAUGCUCCGUUCUAGCAUACAUCCGUAAGAUGCGCGAAACGUUGGCAAAAACCAGGACACACUUUGGAUUUUGGGCGGCCCUCAAACCACCUUUAGUCUUGGGUACCGAUUUGUCCCGCCUCUCUAGCGAUAAGCUGGAUAUUGUGAAAAACAAGGACGUCAUUGCGGUAAAUCAGGAUGCGCUUGGGAAAGCGGCGGCCUAUAUCAAGGCGGCAAGUCAAGAGAAUGUGCGGCAAGUUUGGAGCGGUCCCUUAGCUAACGGGGACGCGGUCGUUCUAAUAUUCAACGAGACCCCGACACCUCAAAAUAUUUCCGUGGACGUUUCUCUCAUAGAUGAAUUGAGUAUAGGCGAUAGGCUAGCCAUCAAAGACUUGUGGACUGGGGAGACGUGGUCCUCUAGUGGCAUAAUUUCGGCCGAUGAUGUUGACGCUUGGGAUACUCGGAUUUUCAGGGUGGCGAUUAGCGUAUCAUAA